CUUACUUCGCGAAGAUACGAGAUUGGCGUAACCGUUCCCAUUCCUCUCCAACCUAACUCUCCAGGAUCCAAUUCAUUUGAAACGAGAUUCUGUGGGGUUUCUUGCUGCUUUAUCUUCACCUGCAAGUCCUGAAUCUCCCUGUACAUAAAGAAGGAAAAAGGGUAGAAAUCUCGUCUUUCAAGAAGUUGAACUCAUGAGCAGAGAUGGGCUCAGGAGUAAGGCAAUCACCAGGCUUCCAACCAAGGGGUGGAAUCCAAUAAGGAUCACUCACUCCGGCUUCCUUCCUCACAUUGACCAAAUCAGCACUCUCCAACCAAUAUUCCAUGGCUCCAUCUGCAUUGUGCCGUCUACGAAACCGCUCGUUCCCACCUGGUGCAACCUUACCCGCCAUGUGCUUGAGUAGAUGAUCUAGCAAUCCUGUGUCACCAAUUCGCUUCCUGGCUUCUGCUCUUAGUUCAGGCCGAAGGAUUGGGUUAUUAGCUGUUGCUUUUUUCCCCUGCAUGACCUCCAGAAGACCUUUCCUCAGACCAUCUGUUUUUGGGGUUCUUGUAUUGUACUAGCAGCUUGCAUUUGUUUCUCAUCUUCGUGUUGUUAUUCUUCCGUUUUUGCUUCUCCCGCUUUACUUUUUUGGCCUUUCUUAUGGGGGUAUGUCUCAAACUGUACCUCUUUCUCUUCAGGAAUCUGACUUGCCUGCGAACUCCCCAA